GUAACCGGACUCUGUAAGGUGACGUUGGAGAGUGUGAUUGGUGGGCGGCUCUAGUAUAUAUCCUGCCAGCCCGGCGUCCCACCUUCUCGCCAGUGGAGUUUCUCCUCAGCUUCUGCACCUUCUGGGCAGACGAGAACAAAAAAUAAGCAAAAGCUGGCAGGCUGACGGGCGUUUACACCUUACAGGACGGAUUAUCUGGUAACUGACCAUUUAGCUGUGACACACUCGGACUCUGUGUUAGCGUGGGAUUUUGACCAUGAGCUCAGUCGCUGUACUUACGCAGGAAAGCUUCAAUGAGCACCGCAACGGGCUCAUGCCAGAGCAGGUUGGAGGAGCAGCUGCUGUGGCAGGACCCAGUGCUGGUGGUGAGGAGGAGGACGCUCUCCCUACGUACAAGGACGCCUUUCCUCCUCUCCCAGAGAAGGCGGUGACACCUGAGGCCACCCAGGAAACCACCAAUGCCUGGGCCAGCAAGAUCCGGCCUCUUAAGUCUUCUAUUAUCACCCAGGUUUUCCAUGUGCCACUCGAGGAGCGCAAGUACAAGGACCUCAACCAGUUUGGGGAGGGAGACCAGGCAAAGGUCUGUGUUGACAUCAUGCACAAGACCGGAGCCCACCUGGAGCUCUCCUUGGCUAAAGACCAGGGCCUCUCCAUCAUGGUGUCAGGCAAACUGGAUGCUGUGAUGAAGGCUCGCAAGGAGAUCGUGUCCCGACUGCAGACUCAGGCCUCAGCUACUGUUGCCAUUCCCAAGGAGCACCACCGCUUUGUCAUCGGUAAAAACGGGGAGAAGCUUCAGGAGCUUGAGCUGAAGACUGCCACCAAAAUCCAGAUCCCACGACCGGACGACCCCAGCAACCAGAUCAAGAUCUCCGGAACAAAGGAGGGUUUGGAGAAGGCCAAGCAUGAGAUCCUGCUGAUCUCAGCUGAGCAGGACAAGCGUGCAGUGGAGAGGGUGAACAUUGACAAAGUGUUCCACCCUUUCAUCACUGGUGCCUACAACAAACUGGUAUCAGAGAUGAUGCAGGAAACUGGUGCCCGGAUCAAUGUGCCCCCUCCAAGUGUCAACAAAACAGAGAUUGUCAUCACCGGGGAGAAGGAGCAGGUGGCCCUUGCUAUGGCUAUGAUCAAGAAGAUUUAUGAAGACAAGAAGAAGAACACCACCACUAUUGCUGUGGAGGUGAAGAAAUCUCAGCAUAAAUAUGUGAUUGGGCCUAAGGGAAACACUCUGCAGGAGAUUCUGGAUCGAACUGGUGUGUCUGUCGAAAUCCCACCGUCCGACAGCAGCUCAGAAACUGUCAUCCUUCGUGGGGAGCCUGACCGCCUGGGUCAGGCCCUCACUGAAGUCUAUGCCAAGGCAAACAGUUACACUGUUUCCUCGGUCUCAGCUCCCUCUUGGCUUCAUCGUUUCAUCAUCGGCAAGAAGGGACAGAACUUGGCUAAGAUCACCCAACAAAUGCCCAAGGUGCACAUUGAGUUCACCGAGGGAGAAGAGAAGAUCACCCUGGAGGGACCUACCAAAGAUGUACAGAUGGUGCAAAGCCAAAUUGAAGCCAUUGUUACAGAUUUGGUAAGCCGCAUGGACUAUGCAGAGAUAAGUGUGGAUCCCAAGUUCCAUAGACAUCUGAUUGGAAAAGGAGGAGUUAACAUCAAUCGCAUCAAAGAAGUGCACAAGGUGACUGUCCGAAUCCCUCCUGACAACGAGAAAAGCAACUUGAUACGAAUUGAAGGAGAUCCACAGGGUGUUCAGGAAGCCAAGAAGGAGCUGCUUGAGCUGGCGUCACGCAUGGAGAAUGAGCGUACAAAGGACCUGAUCAUUGAACAGCGUUUUCAUAGAGCCAUUAUUGGCCAAAAAGGGGAGAAGAUCAAAGAAGUGCGGGACAAAUUUCCUGAGGUCAUCAUCAACUUUCCCGACCCCGCACAAAAAAGUGACAUUGUCCAACUCAGAGGCCCACGAACUGAGGUUGAGAAAUGCUCCAAAUUUAUGCAGAAGAUUGUGGCUGAAAUGGUGGAGAACAGCUUCUCUGUCUCAGUCCCAAUCUUCAAGCAGUUUCACAGAAAUAUUAUUGGCAAAGGAGGCUCUAAUAUAAAAAAGAUUCGGGAAGAAACAAACACUAAAAUUGACCUGCCUGCUGAGAACAGCAACUCAGAAAUGAUCAUUAUUACUGGGAAAAAGGCAAACUGUGAAGCUGCACGCAAUCGCAUCUUGGCUAUUCAGAAGGAACUGGCAAACAUCGCAGAGAUAGAAGUGUCCAUUCCCUCCAAGUUGCAUAUCUCCCUGAUCGGGUCAAAGGGCCGUCUGGUGCGGUCCAUCAUGGAGGAGUGCGGAGGGGUGCACAUCCACUUUCCCACUGAAGGCUCAGGAAUCGACAAAGUGACCAUCCGAGGACCAGUGGAGGAGGUGGAGAAGGCCAAGCAACAGCUGCUGGCUUUGGCUGAGGAGAAGCAAACUAAGAGUCACACUGCUGAGCUGCGUGCUAAGCCUGAGUACCACAAGUUCCUCAUCGGUAAAGGAGGUGGAAACAUUCGUAAGGUUCGUGACAGCACCGGAGCCCGCAUCAUAUUCCCGACAGCGGAUGACAAAGACCAGGAGCUCAUCACUGUAGUGGGCACUGAGGAGGCUGUGAAGGAGGCCCAGAGGGAGUUGGAGGAGCUCAUCAAGAGUCUGGAUAAUGUUGUGGAGGACACCAUGAGUGUGGAUCCAAAGCACCACCGUUACUUUGUGGCUCGCCGUGGACAGGUCCUCAGGGAUCUGGCAGAUGAAUAUGGAGGUGUGAUGGUGAGCUUCCCUCGCACUGCGUCUGGGAGUGACAAAGUGUCUCUCAAAGGAGCCAAAGAGUGUGUGGAGGCUGCUAAGAAACGCAUGCAGGAGAUCGUGGAGGACCUGGAGGCACAGGUGACUAUGGAGUGUGUGAUUCCUCAGAAAUUCCACCGUUCCAUCAUGGGCCCCAAAGGCUCUAGGAUCCAACAGAUCACCAGGGACCACAACGUACAGAUCAAGUUCCCAGAUCGUGAAGAGGCCCAAGCUGCAUCUCCUACAGAAGCACCAGCCCAGGAGAAUGGAGAGGCCAACGGGGAGGUGAAGGAGCCAGUGGAUCCAAACGCACCCAAAAAGUGUGACGUGAUUGUGAUCUCUGGGCGAAAGGAGCGAUGCGAAUCUGCUGUGGAAGCAUUGAAGGCCUUGGUUCCCGUCACUAUUGAGGUGGAAGUGCCUUUUGAGCUACACCGAUACAUUAUUGGACAGAAAGGAAGCGGAAUUCGGAAGAUGAUGGAUGAAUUCGAGGUGAAUAUUCAAGUGCCUGCACCUGAGCAACAGUCCGACAAAAUUGCCAUCACCGGCUUGUCCAGUCAUCUUGAUCGCGCCAAAGAUGGCCUCUUGGAGCGCGUCAAAGAACUGCAAGCGGAGCAGGAGGAUCGGGCGCUCAGGAGCUUCAAACUGACCAUCACUGUGGACCCCAAGUAUCACCCUAAGAUUAUUGGCCGUAAGGGUGCUAUCAUCACAAGCAUCCGCACGGAGCAUGAUGUCAACAUCCAGUUCCCCGAGAAGAAUGACGAGAACCAAGAUCAGAUCACUAUUACAGGGUAUGAGCACAAAGCCAUAGCUGCACGUGAUGCUAUUCAGGCCAUUGUGGAUGAGCUGGAGGAAAUGAUCUCUGAGGACAUAACACUAGACAGCAGGGUUCAUGCCCGCAUCAUCGGAGCCCGUGGCAAAGGCAUCCGCAAGAUCAUGGAUGAAUUUAAGGUUGACCUCAGGUUUCCUCAGAAUGGAGCUGCAGACCCCAACCUUGUGACAGUCACCGGUCGCCCUGAACAUGUGGAUGAAGCCAUCGACCACCUCCUCAACCUUGAAGAGGAAUAUAUGGUGGAUGUUGUGGAGAAUGAAGCUAAGAUGGCUUACAUGAGGCCCUCUGGAGGUAGUGCUGCUGCCUCAGACGACCAGCGCGGAUCAUCCAAGGGCUUUGUGGUGAGAGAAGCUCCCUGGGCAGCCGGCAGUGAAAAGGCUCCUGACAUGAGCAGCUCUGAGGACUUCCCCAGUUUCGGAGCUCCGGUGGCCACAAAGACCUCCCCAUGGGGACCCAAGCGCUUCUAAACAUGCUGCUACACAUAACGGGCCUGAAUCAAACCAGACACAACCCCCCCCUCCCUCCUGUGUCCCCGUCGUGUCCAGGACUGACCGCUGACCCCAAACUUCUUCAGUUACGAAAGUGUUAAUCCCAUGUCUCUAGCCUGACCUGCACACUCAUUGGUCUAAACGUGCUUUCAGACACUAUUGUGAGCUUCGUAACUACAUUAAAUAUAUGUCUAACAAAGCAACAGCGACCUGCAUGGUCUUGAAAGGCUGGCAUUUAAAUGUUGAUUAGAGGUGACAUUUCAUUGUGGUUUGAACUGUUCCGAAACCAAAUUAAAUGGUGGCCAGACAUCAGUUUCUUUGAGCUACCCUUAUCUUAGUUGCCUUCGCAGGGUGGGGUUAAGUGAUUGAAUAAUGGAAUAAGGUCCAGCUAUUUCAGUCAUCUCCCCCCUGCUUUCCUCAUGUAGCCGAGUGAGAUCUGUGACGUCAGCUCUUAAGCACAUAAUAGUAUUGUCUAAAUUUCCAUUUGCUCGUAACUGUGCUUUUUACCUUGUGAUCCUGCUAAACUAGUGGCACCUUGUAGCCUUAUGAAUUGGUAAACUCUAGGAGGAGGAAGAACGGCUGUAAUCAAACUGCCAGAUGCGUGGAGACAUGCCAGAACUAAACCUACAACACUAGGCCCAGUGCUCCAGUGCAUCAACCUCACACUAACUGUUUAAGGUGAUUAAUUUUAAAAGUAAUGACUGUUUGUGAGCUAAUAGCGACCAUCAUGUGCCAACUUCCUGUCGAAUCAUGUUCUGUGUAACUCAUCGUAUGGGUCAGUGUCCAGUCCCUUUGUCUUCCAGUUGCUAUGCAGUUUGUUCUGUUGAAUAGCAAUGGCCCUUUUUUAACAGCCUUAAAACUAGAAAGAUACAAACCAAGUCACACUGAUGCUGAAAUGUGCACCAAUGAAGUGGAAAGCAGGUGGUUCCUUAGGGAACUUAGGAAAUCUCCGAAUCAGUGAAUUUCACAUUCAGCUUCAAUCAGCCUGUAGUUUAUAUCUUUCUAGUAUAGAAUGAAAAGAUUAUGCAAAUACCAUUGAAGUGAACGGUUGUGGAUGACACUGGAAAAGAAAUUGUCCAAAAAUCAAUAAAAAUUGAAAAUUUUGUCCAGUA